AUUAACGACGAAACAUAAAAAACUGAAGAAUCCUGUCUGCUUUGUCAAUCGUCUACAAACCUUUGCUUGCACACGUUAUAAUUUCAGGCCUCAGUUAACCUUUUAUGUAAAUUAGCGAAUAGGAAUAAGCUUGCCAUAAUGAUGUUUGAGUUGCGGAGUCCGUGUGGUUGUUCAGGCUACGUCAUCCGUCAACCGGCCAUCCGUCAUCCGUCGAUGCUACUCUUGCCGCAGGGCAAGCGGACACCACGCAUGAGCCCAAUCAUAUGCUUGGCUGCACCUCCAGAUCCCCCAGAUGCUCCGGCUGCAGGCUCAGAUUCCAGCCCCGGCCCCGGCCCCAGCUUGCUGGACCCCGUACAAACCAUUACCUGGGGUGGCACGCUGCCCAGCACCAGACGUGCCGUGCUUGGAGGCCUCGGAGGUGUAGCCAUAUCCCUCGGCGGUAACCUGGGCGGGGUGAGCAGCUGGCUGCUGGGGCUGGAUGGCGGGCAGCUGGCGGGGAGGCUGCGGGCGGACGUGCUGGUUCCCGUGCGGGGGGCCAAGCGCUGCGUGGAAAGCAAGCACGGAUUCGAGUUCACGUACCCAGCAUCCUGGCUGGCAGACCAGACGCUAGCGAACCGCGCAGCCAGACGCGCUGAAGCGGAACGCGGCGGCCCGCCGGGUUUGAACCUGGAUCCGCUUGACGACUAUGAGUGGCGGCAGCAGCGGCAGCGGCGGCGGCGGCGGCCCGCCUCCGUUGGGAAGGUAGCGGCGGUGGAGCCGGUGGUCGCAUUCGGGCCGCCUGCAACCACGGGAGAGGAGAACGUCUCCGUCAUCGUUGCGCCCAUCACACCCGGCUUCACACUCCGGUCCAUGGGCGACCCACGGGUCGCUGGCGAGCGGCUGCUGGCGUCGCUCGCACCCGAGGGCAGCGGCCUGGUGGCGUCGCUGCUGGGCGCGGAAGAGCGCACCUUGGGGCAGCUGGGUGACCCACGGGUCGGCUCGACGGAGCAGCAGCAGGGACAGCAACAGGAGCAGGAAGGGCAACAAGGGCAGCUGUACUAUACGCUAGAGUACACCGUUCAGGGGCCUCGCUUCUUCCGUCACAACCUCUCAGUGUACACAACCAGGAAGGACAUGCUGUACACUUUCAACGCCCAAUGCCCCGAGGCCCGCUGGCAAGAGGACGCAGCUGUGUUGCGGGCGUCUGCGGCCUCGUUCCGACUCCUGCUGUAGUGUUGUAAGCCCGCUACCCAC